UCAGAGGUAUUUGACACCCUCCAGCACAUCUUUGAGCAGAGCUUUAGAAGACGCUUAAUUGCAACUUGCUUCAGUCCGCUUCCCUCCAGAUGUCUGAACUGCUUCCGAACAUCAGAUUUAAUUUUUUUACCUUAAGGUGAGAACGUUAAGCACAAAGCGGCACUGUGCUUUUACGCAUGGAGGUUGGAAUCAGUCUGACAUCAACGCAGAACUGCCUUUCAAGAUGCAACCGAGUACAUGAGACCUUUUAAGGGCUUGAAGAAGGGCUUAAAAGGAGAGCAACGAUGCGAGGCACUGAGUUGCUGCUCGGUUACUUUCUGGUGAAAGUUCUGGUGUGUGACGCGGAGGGCGAACUGGAUCAAACCGCAGAUCACUUUAUGAUAAUAACGGGGUUUAACGAGUCAGCAGAGGGGGAGAGCGCAGCCACAGAAAGCCCUCACACGGAGGACAAGUGCCGCGGCUAUUACGACGUAAUGGGACAGUGGGACCCGCCGUUCGUGUGCAGGACGGGCAACUACCUGUACUGCUGCGGCACCUGUGGCUUCAGGUUCUGUUGCGCGUUUAAAAGCUCCCGGCUGGACCAGACCACUUGUAAGAACUACGAUACCCCGCCGUGGAUGAUGACCGGCAGACCUCCACCAAAAGUGGACGUGGCGCUGGAGUCAGCCAAGGAUAAAACCAACCUCAUCGUCUAUGUCAUCUGCGGGGUCGUGGCCAUCAUGGCACUUAUAGGGAUUUUCACCAAGCUCGGUUUGGAAAAGACGCACCGUCCUAACAGAGAUAUGACAAGAGCUCUUGCACACGUGAUCCGCCAUCCUGCUUCAGAAGAUACAGAUGACAUCGGACUGAGCCAACUCUAUGAGAACCUACAAACGAGACUGACACUUGACAAUUUCCACCACAAUCAGAUGAACAAUGUGGCCCAAUCUCCAACUUUAGUAUGUCAGCCAUAUCCAGCAGUGGGACAGAUCACCAGUCCAUAUGAACAACAGACACCCCUCAAGGAUCUCAACACGUACAACACUCUGAAGGCUGUGGCAGAGAAAGCAAAUGACAAGUACCAAACCAACCGCAGGCAAGCGAUUGAGAUGACAGCCAAGGGCAGCCUUCCCAUGGAAAGUGUAGAUAUGGAGUCAGAACCUCCAAAUCCUUACAGCCCACCAAGACAGCACUCUAUGAAGCACAACGAACACAAGUACAAAAGCCACAGGAGCCACAGCUCCCAGUCACUGUUCCACAUCUCCAACAUAGCAGUCAGCCCAGGGGCGCUGAGAUCCUGGCAAAGCAAAGACAUGCUGGGACUCCGACAGAGCUAUGGCCAAAAGAAACCCGGCAUCACAGAGAAAGAGCUACACAGCUCCCGCUACAUGCCUCCACAACCUUACUUUGUCACCAACAGUAAGACAGAAGUGACAGUAUGAGCAUCUGUCAUCUUCAGGCUGAAAAUAAGACCGAAUUUAUAUAUUUAAAAAAACUGUAAGUGCUGCCAAUGAGUGGGGCAACAUGGACUGUACUAAGUGCAUCUGUUUUUGGAGCGAGCAGCAAGAUGCCAUCUAAAGCUGUGAUGGGGCCCUGAGUCUGUCAUUGAGCCUCUCGGGGGCACUGUAAUCAAAAUGUCGUCUUUGAUGCUCAUAUAAUCUCACUACUAAAGAUGCAUAAAUUACCUAUCACAAUGUUGGGAUGUGAGACACUUAUUACUGUCACAAAUAUCUACUGAGAUAUUUAAGGAGACUGAUCUGUGUUUUUUUAAUGUAUAGUUGAAAGAUAAUCCAAUCAAACUGAACUAGCCUGUGGUUGUGUAUUGAUCAAAUGAAUCACAUGUACUUCAAAAAGACUUAGAAACUAAUCCUAAACUAAAAAUAGUAUUAGUUAUUCCAUCGAUAGUACAGGUAUAAAAUGAUGCUCAUUAUGCAGGAUUAUUUUUUUUCACAUAUCGUAAAUCUUUCAUGUUAAUUAUAAGCCCUCUGAAGUAUUACCUCAAUUUGUAUUGCAAUUCACAAUUUCUUAUACCACCACCCCAUGCAGGAACUGUACACAUUUAAGGAAACGCCUGUUGUAAUUUUUUUUAUUUAAAUAGUGGCAC